AUGGUUGUCGUCUAUUUAAUAUUAUUAUUACCGUUCAUUAGCGCCGAACAUACAGGAGCUUAUUCGUCACCGCAAUACGCGAAGAAGAUGUAUCCAAAGAAUUAUGAUCCGAGCGCGUUUUUACCGAAAGAAAAUUUUCCGAAUUUCAAAGAAAGCGCCAGUGAAAGAUAUGACAGUGUCAAUACAACCACCUACGCUAGAUCCUCGAUUCUAGAUACAGCGGGUAGUUUUCUGAGUGGGACCGGAGCUCAAGUUGUUUCAAGUCUGGCUAAGGACUUCAUAGCCAGGUCCGCAGGGAGUAGCCAGGUACUCAGUCUUAAUCUGACGAACCUGGUGAUUCUGAUCGUGCUGAAGGCUCUUAUAUUGGCUGCCGGCUUUUUCGGAGCUGGCGCGUGGAAGGGACAUCACUAUGGCAGAAGUUUAGACGACAACAAGAACGCUUCAUACAUAACAGAAGACGAGAUUCUUCUAUACCUAAGCUAUCUCGUUGGGCAGCAAAAUAAUGACUACGGCUGUUUAUACCGACUCUCCUGCCAAAAACCUCGUCAAGCAGCCUUAUAUUCUUCCAGCGCUGAGCUCAUACUGCAAGGAACUAAAUUAUUUCAAGGCAAUGUAAGUUUAGAGCCGUACGAAAAUAUAUCGAAUGGAAUCAGAGAUGCAGUUUCGUGGGGAGAGCGGGGUUUACCGUGCCAGAAGAGAUAUCACUGUAAAUAA